AUGCCACCUCGUAAAGCGUCCACCACAGCCGCUCCAGCGCCAGCUGCGGCAAUCGGCACUGGAAGGGGUGUCAAGCGAAGUGCAGCAGCCGCUUCGGUCGAGCCCGAGAGCAAAGUGACUGCCACUCGAGAGGUGAAAGCUAAACGAGGAGCUUCCAAGAAUGUACUCAAGAAUGCACCUGCAGCACCUGUAGUAUCCGCAACUAUCACGACGGAUGUGGAGAUGAUGCCAGUGGAGCAGGAGGAGGAGGAGGAAGUUGCUCGACCUGCGAGCAGAAAAGGCAGAGCGUCUUCCACUGCUCCAACUUCUCAAGCUCCUGUUAAACAACAAAGCAGGACUCGAGCGGCCUCUCAGCAGCCUGCCGGAACAUCUAAAGCUGCCGCUUCACUCAAGUCGCUUCGCCAAUUUGUGCCCGUAAUCGGCAUGAAUGCGCUCCCUCAACCCAUCGUCCAAACAGGCAGCUCAUCCUCUUCGCCCGUGCAGGUCUUUGUGUUCGGUACAGGAGACAUGGGACAGAAUGGAUUGGGAGAAGAUGCGCUUGGAGAGAUUGUCAGACCGAGACUGCACGUGGGAUUCAACGAGAUGAAUGCGCAAAAGAAGAUUGGAUCGCUUGGUAUUGAACAGAUUGCCGCGGGUGGAAUGCACACCCUGGCAGUGGAUAAUCUCGGAAGGGUACGUAGGUCGUGUUCCGGAGAGGACUGUGCACAGAUCCACAUUAGCUCAUGCAGCGUCUCGCCUGCGCAAUACCUCACGCCCAGAUUUUGACGUGGGGCAUCAACGACAACGCAGCACUCGGACGAUCUACGACUCGUCAGCCUGGUGUAGACGCGGAAGUGUACGAGACUCGGCCCAUGCCUGUGGAAGGGUUGUCACCGGAUGGCAAAGGCUUGCUACCUGGACCAUUGCCUCUUGGAGGUACAGAGGGACAGGUGGAGACUUUCAGAGCUGUUCGCAUUGCUGCUGGAGACAGCGUCAGUGCCGCUUUGAAUAGCAAUGGCGAGGUCAGGGUAUGGGGAAGCUUCAGGGUUAGUGAUGCUGCAGCGCGAGUAGCGCACACUUGCGAGACUGACACUGCUUCCACUUUGACUUUACAGUCCAACGAUGGUCCUAUGGGCUUCGAUGGCAGAACCGGCACAGUCAAGAUGCAAUUCACCCCAGUCUCGUUGCCAGGUCUGGGCAAGAAUUCAUUCUGCGAGAUUGUAUGCGGCGCGGACCACGUGGUUGCGCUGACCAGCAAGGGCCACGUCUACACGUGGGGUAAUGGCCAGCAGUACCAACUUGGACGAAGGAUCAUCGAAAGGUUCAAGAUCAAUGGAUUGACGCCCGAAAAGCUUCACCUCAAGGAUAUUGUGCACGUCGGAGCUGGAGCUUAUCACUCCUUUGCCAUCGACAAGAACGGCAACGUGCUAGCUUGGGGGCUCAACAGUCUGAACCAGCUGGGCAUUGAAUCGGAAUCUCAGACCGACUUUAUUCCCAUGCCUACCGUCGUUCCUACACUCUCGCCGGUCCAACUAGGAGGAGCCAAAGUGGUCUCUGUCACGGGAGGCGAGCAUCAUUCGCUAUUUCUGCUCUCUGAUGGCAGGGUGUUUGGGACGGGACGAUGCGACGGGUGCGAACUAGGCUUGGCAGAUGAUCAUCCGGCCAAGUUGGAAGUGUUGCAAAGGCGAGAAGAGUGGAAGGCUAAACGAGAAGCGCAAUUGGCUCAGGAGAUGGUAGAGUGGCAAAAGAGGAUGGAGGAGAAGCGACUUCGACAGGAAGCUGCUGGGGAUGGAGGGGGGGUGAUGGGUAUGGUGAUGAGUCAGGGAGACAUGCAACCUACGCUAGGUCCUCCUCCCGACGAGUACGUCCCGCGUCCCGUCCACAUUCCUUUCCCACCCUCUCCCGUGGAUGGCAAACCGACGAGGAUCGUCAAGAUUGUUGCUGGACCCAGGUUCAACAUUGCUGUCGCGGCAGAUGGAACGCCUUACUCUUGGGGAUUCGGAAAUCAGGCGCAGUUGGGACAGGGAGAUGAAGAGGUCGUCGUCACGCCUACGCCUAUCAGAUCCAAACAGUUUGCUGGGUACAAGGCGGUCGAUGCCACGGCUGGCGGACAACACUGCGCUUUGCUUGCUGUCAAGGCUGCUUGA